CUUAAGGUUCGAUUGAACGGUGCUUUGGAUAACUGAAUAUAUUAUAUUAUUUAACAAAUGCAAAAGUGAUUUUUAUUGAUAUCCAAAUAAAGUCCUUUUGCUCAAAUUCAAUUCAGUGAAGGUUUGAAUCUGAAUUACUUUUUGGAAACAAAAGUUUUCCAAAAAGAUAACAAUCUAUUUUUAUCACAAGAUCCAAAUAUAAAGGUACAAACCAAAUCAUUAAUCUAGUUGCAGUCCUUAUGAACUAACAUUAUGUAGAGAACAAUGAACAAAUUAAAUAUAGUUGUCUGAGUCUGGCAGAAAGUGUAAUUUGCCGGCAUUUUAGUCAUUGUGCAAAUUAUUACUUUUCAACAACACACCAAACAAGACCUACUCAAAUUCAGAACCAGUCUAAAACUUGUCCAUUUUCUAUUGCAAAUAGUUUGUGAGCAGAAUUUCAGAACCCUCUAUAAAGUGUACUAAAAGAUUUUGUAGUGUAAGUUAGGAAAGGUUCAAACCAAUUAGUAGUUAUGCUACGACUUUUCAGGACUUGCUUCACCUUUCUUAACAAAAAGGCUAAAUUCCUCUUCAAUCGACGAAGAAGUGUAGACAGUAUAAGAGAAUCUAACAUAAGAUUCUCUUCUUUUAUUGAUAUGGGAAUAUCUAACCAGUUCAAACAAGUUUUCAAGCUGAUUGACACCAAUGGUGAUGGCAAAUUAUCAACUAGUGAGCUCAGUGAGUUACUUUCAUGCUUAGGAUACAAAGAUAGCAUAGCUGCUAAAGAAGCUGAAGGCAUGGUAAACAUGUUAGACUCAAAUGGAGACGGGUUUGUAGACUUGGAAGAGUUCAUGGUUGUUAUGGAUAACAAAGAAGGUAAGUUUGGUUGUGCUACUGAUAAGGAGCUAGAUGAGUAUCUUAUGGAUGCUUUUCUUGUCUUUGACACUGAUAAGAAUGGUUUAAUCUCAGCUAGGGAACUAAAGAGAGUUCUGAUAAAUUUAAGAUUUGAUCAUUGUAGUAUUGGUGAGUGCAAGGUUAUGAUCAAAGGAGUUGAUAAGAAUGGAGAUGGCUUUGUGGAUUAUGAAGAGUUUCGGACCAUGAUGAAAUCAGGAUUAGUUGCCAACUAA